CGAACACUUAAAUCUUACGGAAAAACUUUACAAGCUCUUCGUAAAGAAGAAGCUAAUGGUUCAGCCUUGCUUCAGUCGAGUCAAGAAGAUCUUGAAAGAUGGGGGAUACGCAGGAAAAUCAGUCUAGUGGAUGAAACUGAAGAUCUGGAAACUGAUGUUGUCUUUAAUGAGGGAAUACGUCGUUGUCGAUUACCGGUAAUCCCGGAAUUGGCAAAACUGUUUUCGGAUUUUACCUGCUUUAUUUGCUUUCACAAAAAAAUAAAACCAUUGUGUACCACAACGAUUGCCAAUAUCCAACAAGAGGAUACCAUCCGUAGUAAUAUCUCUGACUUUAUGGAAUACUUGCGCAAUAGAGAUGUCUGGUAUUUGAUAAGGAACGGCAAUACGAUACAUGCCGUUAUGGUCAUGGAACGAAGUCAACGAAUGCAAGAUCGGUAUGUUCAAUCCUCUCGAAGAUGUGAGGAUCGAGUAUUUGCACUCGCGCUGGGGAGGGAUUCCUCGAUUCAUUUAGAAAAAGCUCCAGAUUUCUCUCAGCAAGCUCAACUCGAAGAUGCAAUUAGCGAGAAUGAUGAGAGAUUAUUUCAAUUU